GCCGCGGCCACGCCGGUAAAAUAAACGUUCAGUCAGACCUGCGUCGCCAUUUAAUGAAAUCGUAUCUGUAACAGUUCGCCGACAUGAAUAGUGGUCGCCGAAAACUGUCGUUCCUUGGCUUCGCACCGCAGGAAGCAGCUGAAGAUGAGAUCCACUUGGAUGAAGAGAUGGAUCGCGUGCUCUGGGGAGGAGGAACCUCCAUCAGAAAUCUUCAAAAUACCGAACCCCUUAGGGAUGCCGCAGCCCCGUUGCCGCACACAUUAUCAUAUCCAAACGUUUCCAUAGAUUUUCAAAAUAGUUCUGAGCUCUCCCCGGGUAGUCCACGCCAUUGCAGUACUACUGUGUCUGAGGCUCAAAUGUCAGGUAUUCUAUCGGAUUCCGGCUCAAUAUACGCAAAGGACAUCGACCGCCACGUUCAGUUUGAUAGUGAAGAUAUAGAAAGCUCUCUGACAGAAGAUUACAAAGAAGAAAGACGAAUUCAACGACACUAUCGCCACUUACAUCCGCAUAAGUUCCGCAAGUACUCCUUGCAAGAGGGAGGCAGAGUUGGUGUGUUAUUACCGAGUCUGUCUAUUGGAGAAAGGAAUGCCCUAACUUCGGCAACAGAAGAACCUUUACCUGAGGCUGAUCAAGACGACCUUCGCAGCCACCGCAGUGUUGAACCUAGAGCGUUGCGUCGUCAUAAAAUUCAAUCAAGGGGUUCAACAGUCCACGUCAGCAGAAAAGAUGGUGGAGACAAGACCAUGCAAAGUUUAUUUACUGACACCAUCAACAAGAAAUUAUUGGACCACAGUCCUCAUUCGGUCUUCGUUCAACUCGAUGAGUUGUUGGCCAAUGAAGAUGGUGACUCGGAGUGGAAAGAAACGGCCCGUUGGAUCAAGUAUGAAGAGGAUUUGGAAGAGGGAUCAGCUCGUUGGGGUAAACCUCACGUUGCCUCUCUUUCUUUCCAUUCUUUAUUGAACCUGAGGCGUUGUUUGGAGACUGGAGUUGUGCUGCUUGACCUUGAAGAAAAGGAUCUACCUGGUGUUGCUUACAGGGUGGUUGAGCGCAUGUUCUCAGAUGGAUUGAUAGCAGAGGAUGAUAAGGCCGUGGUGCUGCGAUCGCUUCUCUUACGUCACAAACAUGUCCAUGACGAGAAGUUCCGAUUUUCUAUAAGUGGCCGAAAACAGUCCUCCUACACAAGUUUGCAGUCGCUGUGGUUAGAAGAUAGCGCUUUGGGUCCACCUGGGCCGGGUGGACGAAUUCGCUGUUCAAUUUGCUCCACCACCGGGUCCUGCCGAAGACACAGCACUCAUCUUAUCAACCUGUCAGACUUCAAACGUCGGCAGAGUACGCACAUGAUUAUAGGAGAUCGAUUGGAUACACGUAAAAAAUCGUCAGCGGCUGGUUUAGAUACACGUGAAGUUGAAUAUCUAGCAGCUGCCGCAGUAGAUUCUCAGGAUAAAUUAAGACGUCCCCAUAAUGAUUCCAUUAUGAAAAGAAUCCCCGACGAUGCGGAAGCUACUACGGUUCUUGUUGGAGCGGUCGGGUUCCUUGACCAACCCACCAUUGCAUUUAUUCGACUGGCUCAUGGCAUCCUCAUGCCUUCCAUUACGGAAGUUCCUAUUCCAGUGCGAUUCAUGUUCAUUCUUCUUGGACCAACAACUGCGCAACUUGAUUACCACGAAGUUGGUCGAUCAAUUUCAACACUUAUGUCUAAUCCAACCUUUCAUUCGAUUGCAUAUAAAGCUGAAGACCGACACGAGCUUCUAUCGGCUAUAAAUGAGUUCUUGGAUGAUUCAAUUGUUUUACCACCGGGUGAUUGGGAGCGACAAGCUCUGUUGCCAUUCGAGGAACUACGAGCUAAAAGUGAAAUGAUUCGUCGCCGUAAACGCGAUGCGAUAGAAAAGAAGCGUGCUGCAACUGCAACAACAGAAGAAGCUUCUCCAAUUGAGGAGAAGAAAGCAUUAUUAAUUGCUGAAAGUGGUGGGCCGCCAGAUAAGGAGCCUGAUGAUCCACUAUCUAAAACGGGACGUUUGUUUGGAGGAGUUAUACGAGAUAUGAGACGACGUUAUCCGCAUUAUGUUUCGGAUUUCCGAGAUGCCCUAAAUGGCCAGUGUGCAGCAGGGGCUAUAUUUAUGUAUUUUGCUGCACUGUCAUCGGCCAUCACUUUUGGAGGUUUACUAGCAGAAAAGACGUAUAACACUAUAGGAAUCUCGGAAACUUUGGUUUUUACAUCCGUUGGAGGCGUAUUCUUUGCAUUGGUUGCUGGCCAACCAAUGAUGAUCACAGGUGCUACGGGUCCACUCUUACUCCUGGAUGAAUCCCUUUCAAGCUUCUGUCACUCGUACGGUUUUGACUUUCUAGCAGCGCGGAUGUACUGUGGUUUAUGGAUGAUCGUAAUAGCCCUCCUCGUGGCAUCUUUAGAGGGAAGUGUGGCUGUCAAGAAAAUUACUAGGUUCACGGAAGAUAUUUUUGCGUUCCUUAUUUCUAUGAUAUUUAUAUCAGAGCCGAUCACAAAUAUCAUUAACUUGUAUCGAAUGCAUCCACUUGGAUACGAUUAUUGCCAGAAAGAAAAUAUAACAAUUUCUCCGCCAAUUAUCAAUUCUACAUUAUCAGAUGGUUUAACAAAUAUCACAACGCCAUUACCUCCACCAAAGCAAUUUAUAUCACCGCAACCAAACACAGCGCUCUUCUGCACUAUUUUGACUCUUUCGACAUUUAUAAUCGCUUAUUACCUUCGCAUAUUCCGGAACGGAAAAUUUUUGGGUCGUAGUGCACGUCGUGCGCUUGGAGAUUUCGGGGUCCCAAUCGCUAUUAUUGUUAUGGUGGGUGUGUCUGCAAUUGUACCAGUCUGGACAGAAAACUUGAAGGUCCCAGACGGAUUAAGUCCUACAGCUGAUCGUUCCUGGCUUGUACCUCUUAACCCAGGGCUAGAGACCAUUCCUAUUUGGGCAAUAGGAGCCAUGGUUUUACCAGCACUUAUGGUUUACAUCAUCGUAUUCAUGGAAACGCACAUUGCGGAGUUAAUUAUUGAUAAACCUGAGCGCCGUUUGAAGAAAGGCAGCGGUUUCCACAUGGACAUAGUUGUUAUGUCGUUAGUGAAUGCAGUUUGUGGAAUGUUCGGAGCACCGUGGCAGUGUGUAGCUACAGUGCGAUCUGUUAGCCACGUUUCAGCCUUAACAGUGAUGUCCACAACCCAUGCACCCGGUGAUAAGCCACAUAUUGUUGAAGUUAAAGAACAACGUUUGACCGGUCUGAUAGUAGCGAUAAUGGUGGGAGUGUCUGUGCUUGCCUCGGGUUGGCUACGUCUCGUACCAAUGGCCGUGCUAUUCGGAGUUUUCUUGUACAUGGGUAUAUCGGCUUUAGGUGGAAUUCAGUUUUGGGAAAGAGCCAUUUUACUUCUAAAACCAGUUAAACAUCACCCGCAAGUACCCUACGUUAGACGAGUGCCGACUAUGAAAAUGCAUCUGUUUACUUGUAUCCAAAUUAUGGGUAUCUGCAUUCUUUAUGCUGUGAAAUCGUCGAGGAUUUCAUUGGCUCUGCCAUUUUUCAUAGUGCUUAUGGUUCCAUUGAGAAUGACAUUGGUUUACCUCUUCACUCCUCUACAAUUACGAGCGUUGGAUGGUGUGCAAAAGGAUAUUGACAACGAUGAUGAACCAGAUUUCUACGAGGAAGCUCCUCUACCAGGAUAAAGUAGUAAUAAAUGGGCCAUUAUCAUGUUCAUGCCCAUCUUAUAAGGCAAUAGUCAACUGGUUUUAGGAUCGCCGGGAAUCCGCCAUUUUAACCCUUUUUCUGACAAUUAUUAUUAUUUGAUAUAGGCUAAAACAUAUAACAUAGUUGGUUUGAAAUAUCGCCUUCAAAGAACAAUUAUCGCUUAAUACGUUUUUAUAAUUUUGUGUAUACAUUUGUAAAACACAACAACCGAAUUUAGACGAUAUUUAGAAAUUUUAUUUUUAAUAAUGAGACCAGUCUAUUUUCAAUAUGAGCUUUUUAAGCUUAAAUUUAAAAUAGAAUGUCAGUCUUAGUUUAGAAAUUGAAAACAUGUAGGUGGGAUGCUGUAAAUGCAUAGUUUUAUAUAGCUAUUAAUAGCUCUCACAAAGAGCCAAAGUAGGUGCCAAAGAUUCCACAACAAAUAUAGGUGUUUAGGUAUAAAUUUUAACUAAAGCAAAAAUCAAUAAAGAUUAAGUUGUUUUUUUUUUGUUUUUGUUUGGAGAUUAAAAUAAGGAGUAGCAGUAUUAAGGUACCUAGUAUUAUUAGAAAAUAGUGUCAUUAUGUGUAUUUAAUAUAGAGUUUAGACUAUGUGUAAUUCAGUAUAGUUCCCAGCGCGUGAGUUGGCAAAGGUCACUGAACAAACUUCUCACCACACCAAAAUCUUGCCAAAUUUCGCGCUGAGCCCUAUUCUCUAUGAAUUUUUAGCAAAAUAAGCACAAUUUGUACAAAUCACGACUGUGUAAAAAUACUUUGUAGAUAACUAAAUAUUACAUACAAAAAAUAAUUUACACAAUACACAAGCUAAAUUAACGAUA